AUGCCCACUGUCAAAACACAACGGUCCCUCAAGGCGAUAGAGGCCCAAGUCGCUUCCGUGCUACCUAAAAGUGACAUUACCGUCAAGCAUGCAAUGGGUGCUGAUGAGCGUGCUCUAGUUUCUCUCGGAUAUAGACAAGAAUUCAAUCGCGAGUUUUCCCUCUGGACUACCUUUUGUGUUAGUUUUUCAGUUCUCGGGCUUUUACCAUCAUUUGCUAGUACGCUAUGGUACGGUAUGGGUUAUGCGGGUACAGCGGGAAUGGUCUGGGGGUGGCCUAUCGCAAUGGCUUUUAUCCAAUGUGUUGCCAUGAGUAUGGCUGAACUCUGUUCUGCCAUGCCCACGAGUGGUGGCCUUUACUAUGCGUCAGCAGUUCUAGCGCCGCCCAAGUAUGGCCCUUUCGCUGCUUGGUUUACAGGGUGGUCCAACUGGAUAGCCCAGGUCACGGCAGCUCCAUCUGUGAACUAUGGGGUAGCCGCCAUGAUUCUGGCUGCGGUCUCAAUGAGCAAACCCGGCUACAUUCCGACGGAUUAUCAAACAUUCUUGCUCACUACCUCGAUCAUGAUCCUUCAUGCGGUUCUUAGUAGUAUGCCAACGAAAUGGAUUGCCAACUUAAAUUCUCACGGCUCGAUUCUCAACAUCAUCGCGCUUACUACAGUCCUCAUUGCUAUUCCCGUGGGCACGACUAACUCUCCCAAGUUUACGCCAUCCUCAGUGGUCUGGGGGGCAAUAUACGAAGGUACCUCAUUUCCAAAAGGUCUCUCGGUCCUAAUGUCCUUCGUGAGCGUGAUCUGGGCGAUGUCAGGAUACGAUGCCCCAUUCCACCUCAGCGAGGAAUGCUCGAAUGCCAACCUCGCGUGUCCCCGCGCCAUAGUGAUCACUUCCGGUGUUGGAGGGCUUAUGGGCUGGUUCCUUCAGCUUGCCGUCGCCUACACAGUGACAGAUAUCACAACAGUGCUGAAAUCAAACCUUGGCCAGCCGUGGGCAUCAUAUUUGUUCCAAGUUAUGUCGGAUAAACUGGCCGUCUCUAUCCUCGUCCUGACAAUUAUCUGCGGCUUCUCAAUGGGCCAAGGAUGCAUGAUCACAGCGUCCCGCGUCACAUAUGCAUAUGCUCGUGAUGACUGCUUCCCCUUGUCCAAAAUCUGGAAGAAAGUAAACCCUUAUACGCACACACCAGUCAAUGCCGUUUGGUUUAACUGUGCCAUUGGGAUACUAUCUUGCCUGCUCAUACUGGCGGGAAAUAUUGCGACUGGCGCUCUAUUUUCUAUUGGCGCCAUCGCUUCAUUCACUGCUUUCGCGAUUCCCAUCGCCAUUCGAAUUCUAGUUGUGGGGGACCGCUUUCGACCCGGGCCAUGGAAUCUGGGGAAAUAUAGCACUCCAAUAGGUGCCGCGGGGGUCCUUUUUGUUAUGUUGAUGGUUCCGAUUCUGUGUCUUCCGACAACGACUGGUUCGGAACUCAGCCCCAAGGACAUGAACUGGACCUGUAUCGCAUACGGUGGGCCAAUGCUUCUAGUAACCAUCUGGUGGUUUGUUGAUGCGCAUAGGUGGUUCAAAGGCCCCAAAGUUAACAUUGAGCAUAUCCUGCAGAGUCACGAGGAGGAUCCAUCCGAUGCUGAAGGUAUUAUAGCUUACGAAGGGAGUAGAGAAAAUAAGAACUCCUCCUCCGCUGAAACGACGGAUGUUGGUUGUUGUUGA